UCAUCAUCAGUCUUUCGGUCUUUCAGUCUGUGCGCUUCAUAAUAUCAACCUACUCCCACCACCGUCAGCAAAGACAACUUCUACUUCUCAUUUGUGACCUUAUUGCCAGUCGUGGCUCUACGUACCCUAAGAACCCACCUCUGUGGCCUUCGAAGCCUGCACGACACAUCAAGCCGCGUGCGUGAUCUACGCGCCCUGAUUCGCCCACAACGCCUCAAGGGUAUCCCAACUUGGCAUAUCACCUCUGCUUUAACCCGCAUCCUCGCUUCAGUGUAAUUGUCCAUUAUUGUCGCCUGUUGCAGGAAUAUCUCAAGUCCUUGGUAUUCGAAAUUUUCACAGCAAUGGACAUAUGAUAUUUUGCCAAAGGCACUGUCUCAUCACCCGCUGCACAGUCUGAUCAGUGGCCAUCUGACAGCCUACCAUUGCUUUUUAUAACAACAAUCUUCACCAAAUGUGCCAAAAGCUCAACUCAGGCCAAUCUGAUAUUGGCCAUUCUAGGUCUUGAACACUUCUUAUUGGACAUUCCCGCACGGCUGCAAGGUUUCGAUAUACGUCGACGAACCCUUGUCGGCAUUUGUCCGGUUGACAGCCCAUUUGUCCAUAAGACAUUCCUUCCUUUUGGUCUUUGAGCGGUCCUAUCGAUUACUGCCGCAAUCAUGAAAUUCGGAAAGCAGAUUCAACGUCACCAAUUGGACCUUCCCGAAUAUGCCGCCAGUUUUCUCAAUUACAAGGCUCUAAAGAAGCUCAUCAAGCAACUCAGUGCCACCCCGACAAUCACCGCCCAAGGCGACACCUCUGCUUCAGAUGCCCAAGCAGCCCUGCGUGCAAACAAAGAAGUGUUUUUCUUCCGGCUGGAGCGAGAGAUAGAAAAAGUCAAUGUGUUUUACAUCCAGAAAGAGGCCGAGUUUUCUUCAAGAUUGAAAACUCUCCUCGAUAAAAAGCGUGUCAUUCAGGCUCGGGUGGCGGCAAGUUCGAGGUUAUCUGCGUCGUUUGCAACCUUGGUCGAAGGCUUCCAACAAUUUGACAACGACCUAAACAAAUUACAGCACUUUGUCGAAGUCAAUGAGACGGCGAUUUCCAAGAUACUGAAAAAGUGGGAUAAAACAUCAAAGUCGAGAACAAAAGAGAUCUACCUUCAAAGAGCCGUUGAGAUACAGCCAUGUUUCAAUCGCGAUGUCCUUCGAGACCUCGCUGAUCGGGCUACGACCGCCCGCCUAAAUCUCGAGGCCCUCGCCGAGGGCGAAAACAUCCAGUACGAAUCGUCAGCAACACAGGAUCGCACAAUCGGUCAACGGGUCGGUACCGAAGAGAGUGACAUCGAUCUCCAGAUUCUUCAAGCUUCCGCCGCGGGCAACACUGGUGCUCUGCGAGAAUGGAUUGCUCGUUUGAGCAGUGGAGCUGAAGCCGGUGAACGAUUUACCAGGAUCUUCCUGGCCACAAUCAGCGAGGCUCCCGAUGAAUCACUCAAGUUGUUUAUCGACUCUGGCCUUGUCGAUAUUCAUGCAGAAGACGACAUUAACGAACGCAACUGUCUCCACGAAGCCACCAUCUACGGAAAAGACAUAGUUCUUGAAUAUGGUUUGAGUCAAGGCGUUGAUCUAACUCGCUUAGACGCUUAUGGCCGCGUCCCUCUUCAUUAUGCAUGCUUAAGAGGAAGGAUUGGGAUGGUACAACGCCUUGUCAGUGCCGGUCCAAGUACAAUUGAUUUGAAGGACCACGACAACUUUACACCACUCAUUCAUAGCAUCGUUCGCCAUCGCGUCGAUUGUGUUCGCCUAUUACUCUCUCACCACGCUCAAAUCGAUCCUCAAUCGGACACUGACCACAUUCCUCUGAAUCUGGCAUGUCAACAUGAGUCGAUCGAGGUGGCGAGCCUCUUACUAGAAAGAGGAGCGCGACUUCUUCCCGACGCCGAAGGUCUAUUUCCUCAGCAUCUCGUCGCACGCUCUAGUCAAGAAGCAGACCUGUUGAUACUACUUGCCACUCAUGGAGCAGACCUCAAUCAGCGCGACAAACUGUAUUCGUGGACACCACUGUUCCAUGCCGCGAGCGAAGGUCGAGUGUCCUGUUUACGGGCAUUACUAGAUAGUGGUGCUGAUCCCGAGGCGCUCGACGAAAAAGGGCUGACAGCCAUGUAUUAUGCCACCUGGGAGGGCCAUCUCGAAUGUCUGGAUCUGCUCUGGGAAAGGAGUCGACUUCACAGAGAUCGCAGGUCCUCCAGAUUGGGGGCCAUCGUCCCCCCGCGAGGCAUGAUGAGUGCCAUGGAGAUCACACCCGAGGAGAUACCUCUUGAAGGCGACGGCAUUCCUGAUCUUUCCUUACCGCCUCCUAUUAUUCCUCUCCGAAAAUAUGGGCACAACUUUCUCGACACCAAAACAUUCAUUGCCAUCAACCUCGACGGCGGCAGUAAGGCGAUUCAAUUCUUCAACGAAGCAAGGUAUCCCGCCGCACGACUGACCAUUUCAUCCAAGACAUCAGACAUGAUCCCUCGAAAUCUCAUGCUGCCUAUUGAAGAAGACUCACGGUCGGUGUAUUUCCAGGUUGAUGACCUCAGCACCUUCUCCGUUGACUUUGAAAUCUUCCCAACAUUUGGCUCCAAAGUCAUUGCCAAAUCUGUUGCGCUGCCUGACGUCUUUCGCGCUUUGCAAAGCAGUGCAGGAGCGUGCACGUUGCCUCUCUUUGAUCCUCGGCUGCGCUCUGUGGGCCAGAUUCGAUUGAGCUUUCAGGUGAUUAAGCCUUACCAAGGCACUCCCUUGGAAAUCACGCAGUUUGCAACCUAUUGGAAAGCCACGAGCACGUUGGAUGACCACAGCGGCCUAGUCACGGGAUCCAGCCUCUCAGGAGAUUACUUGAGGCUCGUCGUCCAACUGACACGUGAUGGAGUUCCGAUUGUAUAUCCGUCUUAUUCGAUCUUGCAUCACCAAUUGGAAGUCCCCGUGUACGAACUCAAGCACAAAGUUCUGGUUGAUCUGGGGUUGGUACAAACACUAACUCCAGCUGCAGCCACCGCUGUUCCCCUCAGCGUGCUUCAAUGGCGUGAGAAAUUGAGGAAUUCCAUCUUCCCACUGGAAGACGUCCUUGCCAACUUACCACCACAUAUCAAUCUCAACCUGCAUGUGCUGUACCCGACCAGUUUCGCUGCCUCCGGGAAGGGGUUUCAAUCUGGCAUCGAUAUCAACACAUUCGCUGAUGCGAUUCUGACCCAAGUGUUUGACCACGCGCGAGCGCUACGCAGUCGAGCUCCGGAUCUCUCACGAUCGGUCGUGUUCAGCUCUCUCAAUCCCAACAUUUGUACGGCAUUGAACUGGAAACAGCCCAACUUCCCCGUGCUGUUAUGCAACGACCUUGGAGGCUACAACGGGCCUGCCGGGGGGGACGCGCUGGUCAAGUCCGACAGUAGGAAGCCGACGUCCAUCAAGGAAUCGGCACAAUUGUCGCAGAUGAACAACUUUAUGGGCCUGACAUGCUCGGCUCGAAUCCUACAAAUGGUACCAGCACUGAUCGAGACCAUCAAACAGGCUGGUCUAGUGUUGGUGUCGGAUGCUUCCGACAAGGAGGCGUCCACGGAUCGCAUUGAAACGGGGUGGACCAUGCUUCCCGAGGGGGUUAAUGGGGUGAUGAAAGGAAAUGGAAUAUUGAGGUUUAAUGAGACAAUCGACAUGUGAGAUGUCACGAGAGUACGACAACACGACAACCAGCAGAUGGGUGGCUAUUUUUUAUUGAAGAGAUUGGAAAAGCACAAUGUUUGGAUAGGAUGUCUCCCAAAUGAGAUUUGGCAUUUGAAGCACCGUGCAUCAAAUGCAGCAGCCGCAAGAUACGGUAGAAAGUUAAGAAGCAGACAUUGGUCAAUUUG